AGAUUUAUUAAAAAGUGAGAAGAUUUAUUUUAGUUUUUGAAUAAAUCAGAAAAAUCGAUUUUAAUUCAACGAAACGUGGAUUUUGUUCCGCGAAACAAAGAAAUAUGAAUUUUGGAACUCGAGAAACUCAAGAAAUGAUUCAUGAAUAGUAAGAAACGCUAGAAUAAUUUUACGGAACGAGACAAAAUGUUAAGUUCUUCUUUGGGGAACAAGAAACAUAAAACGGAGUUUACGAAACUCCAUAAAUUCGAAAGUGAUUUUAAAGAACACAAGAAACCAGUAUAGAAUUCUUUUAGAUCUUGAAUCUAAAACCAUUUUCCGCCUAAGAAAAGCUUAAGAAAGUCAUAUUUUUAACAAAAUGUCUGAGAAAAUAUAAUUCCCGAAUAUUAAAUUAUUAAUCAUCACAAACAAUACUUCUUCACCUAGCUGGAGUGGUCACCGGGUUUAGAUAAAUUCUGGAUAUUUGUAAGAGUAUGCGCGGGACUUAUCGCAGUUCUCAAUUGGUAGCCGUGUCGGUACAGUCGAGUGCGUUGUGUGAGUCUCAGGGUUUACUUUUACGAAGAAUCACAUCCAAAGAAAAUUGUAUAAAUAAAACAAUGACGAGUAUAGAAAGGCAAAAGAGCUACAUAGAAGGAGAACUAACUAAAGUCAUUCUUGCAAAUAACGAUGAAUUUCUAAAUUGCAAACUCAUUCAAUGUGAAGCAACAACGUCACCACAGCUCGAUGGAUUUAUGGCAAUUAUCUUUAAAUUGAACAUCGUCGUACAAUGCCAGAAGACUUUGCAGGAAAAAUGUUACGAUUUAAUUGUGAAACUCAUGAAGGGAUCUCAUGAUUUUCGAAUACGUUCAAAGUCGUUUAUCCAAUUUGGUAAUGAGGUUUACAUCUACGGACGAGUUAUACCAACAUUUGGAGAGUUUUUGGCCAAUAGGAACACAUUGAUAUGCUGGGAAAAAUGGAUACCGAAAGUUUACUACCAUUUCUAUGGAUCUGUACCAGAAUUGUCGUUAAUUCCCGAAUCUGUACUUGUCUUGGAGAAUAUUUCCCCAAUUGGUUUUAGGAAUCCUACGUCUCGCCUUGAGUUAGAUCUCGAGCAUAUUUAUAUUAUGCUUAAGACUCUGGGAGAGUAUCAUGCUCUGAGCUAUGCUAUGAAGCUGCUAAAUGAAGAAAAACUUAAGGAAUUAGUUGAUGGAAUUGUACCGCUUUGCUACCAAAAUGAGGACAAUGAAGAAAGUAUCUACGAUGUAAUGCACAAAGUUGGUCUAACGCGUCUCUUUGGGUACCUUAGUCGUCGUCCUGAGGUUAAUACUGGAAAUCUGAGGGAAGAACUCGAAGCUUUGCGGGUGAAAUACUUCAAUUGCCCAACCAAACUUCUCGAUCGACUUCGUGACGAUGAUCCACCCUAUUCGGUAAUUCAUCAUGGUGACUACAAUCGCAAUAACGUCCUUUUCCGGUACGAUAACUCCAAAAAGCCCCUCGAGAUGCGAAUGAUUGACUUCCAAGAGGUACGAUAUGGAUCACCGGCUUUUGAUUUGUCUUUCUUUCUCUACAUGAACACCACGACUGCCACGCGGGAGCAAUCGUGGAUGGAACUUCUUCGGUAUUAUCACACCACCCUCUUUCGGGGUCUUAUGGAAAUCCUUCAAUGUGAUAAAUUGGAUGAGAGAUUGAAGCCCUUUUCCUUUGAACUAUUUCACCGACAUUUUUCACGUUUUGCCAUCUACGGAGUUCUAAUAUCGGCACACUUUCUUCCAUGGAUGGACUGCUCGGAAGAGGAAUGUGAACUAUUGUCAAAUCUUUUCGUACAAAAUAUGAGAAGUCCUGAAUUCUUUGAUAUUUGCCUCACUGCUGGGGGUGAGGGGUCUAAUGAAAAAAUUCUCAGUGUUGUCCAACAUGCUAGUAAAAUGGGAUAUUUGCGAUUUCUCCUUGAGGAGUAAAUUUGUAGAAUUUUGAAUCUUUAAAAUAAAAUAUAAAUGAAGGAAAAAUAUAUAU